UUUCUUUGCUUUCUUUCUCUCUCGCUCUCUCUCUGCUCUUGACUCACUGUUGGAUCCAGAAAUGGUGGGGAAUCCGGAGCUGUCUGACGGAGAUCUCGGAGGCAGAGGGGCCGCGGGCGGUCCGCCGGCGCCGGAGAUGCCGUUCGAGGGUUGUGGCGCCGGAAGCGGUGGAUGGAAGAGGGAAGAGAUGUCCGGGAGGGUGGGGAGGCCGGAUCCUGGGGUUUCGGCUCUCGCCGGGGCGAACGGAGCGAGGUACAAGUCUAUGCCGCCGGCUCGGCUCCCGAUCACGCGGGCGCCUUGCCUUACGAUUCCCCCGGGGUUUAGCCCCUCCGCGCUCCUCGAGUCUCCCGUCCUCCUCACCAACAUGAAGGCGGAGCCUUCUCCAACUACUGGAACUCUCAAUUUGUCCUCUGUUAUAGACAAAACUGUUUGUUCGUACACAUUAUCUUCUACGAAGGAUGCUUCAGAUGUUAGUGCAUAUGAUGGAGGGAAUUCUGGAGAUUUUGAGUUCAAACCCCAUGUCCCAGCAUCGUAUAAUCUAGGCCUAUCUUCAUUAAGAUCUUUGGGUUCUGUAGGCAUAAUCCAAGCAGUGCAAGAGCCUCCCGUGCAGAAUCAAAUUCGAUCUCAAGAUCGUAACUGCAUUACCUGCAACAAUGAAUUAGCUCCAUUGGCAUCAGCUCCAAAUUCAACUACCAAAGUAACCAAUUUGCGAUCUAGCCUACCGGCUGAAGCAGCUUCUGGUGAUUUACAACUGACAAAAUGUUCAGAGCAAAGCUCACAGAUGUCUCAGUCUGAUCCUAGUGAACCUACACCAUCAAGUUUACUUGAAAAAUCUGCAGAAGAUGGUUAUAACUGGCGAAAGUAUGGCCAGAAACAUGUUAAAGGUAGUGAAUAUCCUCGGAGCUAUUACAAAUGCACCCAUCCCAACUGUGAGAUGAAGAAGCAAAUAGAACGUUCUCAUGAUGGACAGAUCACUGGAAUCAUUUAUAUAGGUAAGCAUGAUCAUCCUAAGCCACAUCCUAAUCGCCGUUUAGCAGCUGGUGCAAUUCUCUCCUGCCAAGAAGAGGAGAAAACUGAUAACUUUUCUUCUUUGAUGAGUGCUGAAGAUGAGUCAACAAGUGCACCUGGCCCCACAUAUCAUCAGGCUGAUCGUAAUAGUACUACCGAGUUGUCUCCUGCAUCGAUCAGUGAAAAUGAUGUUAAAGUUGGUUGUGGGCAAUCCGAUAAUUGUGAUGAGGUUGCUGGAGAUGCUGAUCUGGAGUCAAAGCGCAGGAAGAUAGAAAUUAAUAACAACGAUGCUGCUUCAAUUGGCAAACUGAACCAUGAACCACGUGUCGUUGUGCAAACUUUGAGCGAAGUUGAUAUCUUGGAUGAUGGUUAUCGUUGGCGGAAGUAUGGGCAGAAAGUAGUUAAAGGGAAUCCUAAUCCAAGGAGUUACUACAAGUGCACCAGUGCUGGCUGCCCUGUUAGGAAACAUGUUGAGAGGGCAUCGCAUGAUCCAAAGGCGGUAAUUACCACAUAUGAGGGCAAGCAUAAUCAUGAUGUACCUGCAGCAAAGACUGCCAACCAUGAGGCAUCUGCAUCAAUGGUCACAGAUGGUGACAAUUCUCUGAGCAUCCAUGCUUCAGCUGCUCUGAAUGGUAUGAUGAGGAUGAGACACUUCACCCACCCCUUCAUUCAAAUGGAGAGCAACGCAAUCAGCCUUGACCUUGGUGUUGGCAUCAGCCCCGUUCAAAGUGAGAUCACGAAUGAAAAGCAGCAAUGUUUGGAAAACUUCCAAAUUCAGCACCACCAACCACAAUGUGUUGAUUCUGGUAACCUGGCGAUUCAAACGACUCCAUUGUCAAAUUUCCAUGGAAGUUCACACACUAGAAUCUAUCCGUCCGGAGAAGACAAGGGUGAGGGAUUUACAUUUAAGGCAACACCUAUGUCAUCUGAUAUGUACUAUUCGGCCGCAGGAAAUUUAGUGAUGGGUCCAUGAGAACUGCAUGCAAUUCAAGAGGCAGGUCAGAUAACUCCUUGCUAAUGUAUAAAAUAACACUGGAAAAUGGGGGAAGAAUUAAGCAGCUCUGUAGACCAUGCAUUGUGUUUACAAGAUGCUUUCUUCGAUGGUGCCUGAUCCAGGAGCUUGGCAAACAAAAUGAUCUAUUGAUGGAACUGUGUUUGAUGUUGUCUCCAUAGGGUUCCUCUGAACCAUAAGACAAUGUUCUUGGAUGUUGUUGCUUUGGUCUGCCUAUUCUUGUCCUUUGACUAACUUUCAAGCUCAAACCUAUUUUGAGAAUUCACCUACAUAGCAACAUAUUACUUCAGCAUGGCCAAAUGUUGCCUUUGUUCUUACAGCUUGUGACAGGGUAGCAGAUGAAGAAGAAGGGAAAUCAGCUGGAAAGGUACCAUAUAUCUUCUUGCCGCCUAAUUAAAUGCCAUAAAUGUUACAGUUGAUGUACAUUUCAUACAAUCUAUGUCAAAAUUGCCAUAUUCUAUCAGAUGAAUACCGAGUUGGCAAUUUCAUUAUGAGUAGAUUAUGAACAGUAUAUUGUGAAUUUUAUAUAGCUUUUUAUAAAAAAAAAAUUAUUAUUCUUUUU